AUGGGUGCAGAGGCAUUUAUUAGUCUUUGUGAGAGACUAAGAACAACUGGGUUAGUUAAAGAUGCCAUUCGCUCAACAGUGGAGGAACAACCAUCAGGAGACGAGGUUCAUCCAUAUGUCUUAAACAACAAUCGGUUUUAUCCUUACUUUAAGGAUUGCUUAGGGGCCAUAGAUGGUACUCAUGUUCGUGUGAGGGUGCCAAGAACAGAUGCUCCGAGAUUUCGUGGAAGAAAAGAUUGGCCAACUCAAAAUGUGUUUGCCACAUGUGACUUUGAUAUGAAAUUCACAUACGUUCUAGCGGGGUGGGAAGGAACGGCAUCUGAUUCUAGAAUCUUAAAAAAUGCUCUCGAUCGAGAUGAUCCGUUGGUCAUCCCCCAAGGAAAGUACUAUCUUGGCGACGCUGGGUUUAUGCUUAAAAGUACAGUAUUGACACCAUACAGAGGCGUCAGAUAUCACCUUAAAGAAUUCACACGCACAGGACCACAAAAUGCACGCGAGCUCUUUAAUCAUAGACAUUCAUCAUUGAGAACUGUUAUAGAAAGAACAUUUGGUGUGUUGAAGAAAAGACAUCAUUCUAGCUUGUUGUAUCCUACACAACUUUAUCUGGGAGUUGAUAACAAUGACCCAUUGCUUAAUGAGGUUCAUAAUGAGUUAAAUGAAGGGGAAGAGCAUAAUGUGUCAUCUUCUCAAGUUCGAGAAGAUGAUUAUAGGGUCGGUACAACUAUUAGGGAUGCCAUAGCUGAUGAAAUGUGGCGAGAUUAUGAAAAUUAA